CACCGACGCGAUGUUUGGGACUAUGCUCACGAUGCUACAUUGGUAAAUAUCGUCACGUACGUCACAUCGCUUAUAUGCUAAUAGCCAGCUUUCUGGGCUUCCGGAUUAGGCACGCCAUGACAGCAUUGAGAGUCUACCUCAUGAUCCGAGCGGGUGUGAUGUUUUCAAUAGAUCCAUUUAGUGUCAUUGUCGGGUCAAGAUAGCCUCAUCCCAAGCUCUGUGGAUCUUCAAGCUUCUAUUUUUCUGUAUAUAAGAGUCUACAUCCUGGCAGUAGAAUCCUGCGAUCAUCAAGCACUCACUCCUCACACCAAUUAGCCAUCAAAGACAUCACUCAGAAUCCACCCAAACGAUACCAAGGAACAAUCUUAGCAACACUCAAAAUGCAGUUCACCAUCACCGCCGUCGUAGCCCUCCUCGCCCCCUUCGCUCUCGGCGCCAACAUCGUCGCUACAAACAACUGCCGCGGCUCCAUCUUCGUCAAGCCCGACGCAAACGGCUACAGCGGUCCCAUCAGCGAGAUCCGCCAGGGCCAGACAUGGACCGGAAACCUUGAAACCGGCCGUCAAGGCAACGCCGUCAAGUUCUCGAACAACCGCAACGACUUCACCAAGCCCAUCUCCUUUGACUAUACCGUGACUAACGGUGUCAACUACUACGAUGUGUCCAACGCGGCAGGGACGCCGUUUUCCUUGUCGGCGCAGGACAGUCAGCAGGGUGGGCAGUGCCAAGCUGUUGCAUGCCCGAGUGGGAGCUGCAAGCAGGUGAAGACGUGCUCUUCUCAGCGCUCGUUUGCGAUUCGUGCUUGCUAGAUGGGAUCUGGGGAAAGAUAUGUUAGCGUAAUGUCUGGUGGUCUAUGACGGGGACCAUGUAUAAGCCAGAGAAGAAUGGAUCUGCGAGUUUUCUUUCGUCUUUCAAUUUAUGUCCUGAUUUCAAUUAAGCCUGUCAGGAGGAAACAAUGCAUCGUGCCGAGUAGAAGCUAUAAGUGAACUAUGUGCGCUACCAUACUCGCAGUUGAUCGGGGACCGAUGUCAUAACUUGUGUUUUGUAGGCUCGCGAUCUGGUUGGGCAAGUCUAUACUACUGCCGAGGUUCCCUGGCUCUGUUCCAACAUAUUUUUCCGUAAAGAUAGAUGAUUCUACUCAGAAAAUUCCUUCAAUCAUGCAGAC